AUGGCAUUUAAUGGUACUUGGAAAAUAGACAGAAAUGAAAACUAUGAAAAGCUCAUGGAGGCAAUGGGUAUUAAUAUAAUGAAAAGAAAGUUAGGAGCUCAUGAUAAUUUGAAGAUCACUUUUCAACAAGAUGGAAACAAAUUUAAUGUCAAAGAAUCAAGCAACUUCCGUACCAUAGAUAUUGAAUUCACUCUGGGAGUCGAUUUUGAGUACAGUUUGGCUGAUGGGACUGAACUUACUGGUGCUUGGAACAUGGAAGGAAGCAAACUUACAGGAGCAUUUACUAGAAAAGAUAAUGGAAAAGUAGUCAAAGCAAAGAGAGAAGUCAUAGGUGAUGAACUUGUUCAGACUUACAUAUAUGAAGGAGUUGAAGCCAAGAGAAUCUUCAAAAGAGCCUAAGAACUCCACCCAGAACAGCACCAGAAAAAAAACAACCAAAACAGAACAAUGAAAAAAGACCAUUUUUCUACAUAUCCUCUGCUUUUUUUUUUUUGUUUUUUAACUUUUAUCCCCUCACAGCACUUCUUAAGCUGCAAUUACUUAGCCCUGUUGCAAACACAGGCUAGUUCCUUACGUUUACUGUUUUGCCUUGAAUAAACA